AUGUUAAGGUGCAAUAUAAAUGUUAAUCAUGUACUAGUCAAUGGUGCUAUGGUGGUAAUUCGUAACACAGUAUGGCCUGCUUUACACCGAGAUCAGCCAGAAGUGAGAGAACUGUCUCAAGCUGUGUUUCUUGAGUUUGAUGACUCUAGCAUAACAGUCAACCGACUCGGCAUUGGUGUCCGCAUGGAACAUUGUACUAAUGGAUUUGAUGCUUUACGUGUUAAAGAAAAGAUCGAGUGA